GUGCUUUGUGCAAGUACUAACAUGUAGCGCACUUUGCCUUAGCUAUACUAUCUUCUGUGCCCGCUACUCAUUGUCAGAUCAAAGAUUUCCAUACUCUUUAUAUUUUUCAAACUCAAAAAGCGUUGGUAUUCUUACACCUGCCGUAAUUUAGCAUGAAUUACGGCGUCUAUGCCACGCAAGCGGUCCCUGGUUCCGUACCUGCAGUGCAAGAACCUUACGCUUAUGCUUCUGGGGUCGAUGGUCUUCAGACUCAACCGUAUGGAGCGGGUAUAGCACAGGUAGCACCUGGAACAGCUAUACCGUCUGUGUACGGAGAACAACGACCAGCUGAAGUCAGCAGCACGACGCAUAUCUCCAUGUUGGCAAGUACCGUUCCUUCCAAUGUAUACCCCGAUGUUAGCUUUGACACUAACUCAAAGGAUCCGGUAAUGGUCAGAUCUCGCGUCUUCAUUGGGCGUUUGAACAGUGCACCUGUGACGCGCGACGAUUUGAUCACGCUUUUCAAGCCCUUCGGUCAUAUUCUUGCUUUGAAUCAUUUCAAGCAAGGUUUCGGGUUUGUGCAGUUUUCUCAACCAAGUGAGGCCGAUGCUGCAGUCUCUUCGCUGAAUGGAAAAAAGUGGAUGGGUGUAAUAAUAGAUGUACACCACGUGGAUCUGGCUGUGCAGGCGAAGAAGCGCGCGGAGCUUGAGAGUAGUCGCAAACGGACUGGCGAAGAAGAUGAAUCGCUUUCUGCCAAACUCUUGCGUGCAGCGGAAUUUGCUCCACUUGAUGAAGUAAAGCAGCAGAACCUUCUGAAUAGAGCAGCAGCGUUAGGCAGUUCGACUGUCAAUGAGGAUCUUUUCCACACAGAAAUGGCAGAUACAAUGAUUUGUGGCACUUGCCGCUUUGUCACUGCUGACUUUGAAUUGUUCAAAGACCAUCGUAUUGCUGGAUGUCAGAGAAAGAAGGCAGAAGAAGAGCCCACAGCGUUCAAAUGUGCCUCGUGCGAUAGCCGUUUUAAAAGCGCUUGGUCGAUACUCUGUCAUCUGACAGAAUUUCAUCGAAUGAUGCUAUUCAAAGUAGAACAAGAUGAGCCGCAGAAGGACCAGCAAACCAAAGACGAACAGAGCAAACGAGCAGUGAGUAAUGAACGUUCAUCUAUCACCCCUGAACCUUCACCUAAGAUUUCAAAAACAAGUUUGGAUAAUUCAUAUCUACAAAAGCAGUCAGUCUCUAGUCAGCCUCAAACGUCACAGCGGCAGCAAACCUUGGAUGGUAGAGUAGCUUCCUCUAAUAGUGCAUCUUCGAGUCACAAUGCCGCUUAUGGCCAUUCUGCAGCGAAUCAGCCUGUUUACGCACAUCCCGCAUACACACAGUCAUACGGUACUCAUCCAGGCUUGCGGAGUCCAUUCAACAUGCCGGCAGCACCGGAGCCACCUAAGGAUUCCAUAAUCACUGGAACUCCCGUGCGUUAUCCAAAUGGAUCUAGCUCCUCAUCUCGCUAAUGGUUUUCAAUACCUUUCAAAAAAAAAAGAAAUCCGAAAAGGUAAAAAUCGUAUCCUUUGUACCCAUA